CGUCGAUCCGCGCCGCCGACCACGCGCCCUGUCGGAUUCCCGACCACCCCACCACACCCAUACUGGACACGUUCCUCUACCGCUGGCGCCGGCUAUCGUACGAGGUCGAGCCGUGGCUCAGGAGCCAAAUCAUCAGCCGGGGCAACCCCUGUCUCGACAUGGCCGUGAAGGAGAUCUGGGCGUCGUACGUACAGGGGAUCGGAUGGUCCACGUCGCCGGCGCCCCGCAAGCACGUUCUUUACAACCUCUUGACUGGAAGCCUCCUAGUGCGCGGCUCACCCAUCUCCUCACUCCCGACGGGCAUCCGCCAACACGCCACGUUUCGCAGGGCGUUCGGAAGCCGCUCCUUCACCGUCAUGUCCUCCUACCUGCGGACGCAGGGGAUGCGGUACAUGGUCACCUCGACGUACCACGGGCACGAGCUCCACUUCGCCAUGUUUGAAAGGCUGAUCCCGGUAGAGAGCUUCCGGGACGACUUCCCGAGCCACUUGCUGGACGGCUACGCGCACUGGCUGGUCCUGGGCGAGAACAAGAUCGAGUUCCGGCCUCUGGAUAACGCCUGGCAGACGCUCAAGGAUGCCGGGCCCUCCUUUGCGGGUUUCGUGCUUGAUUUCACGGGCGGCGAAGGCGCUGCCCGUCUCACCAGGGCCAACAUCCCCACCGUCGCCGUCGACGUGCGUAGCAAGACGGCACGCGCCGUGCAUACCAUCCUGCGACCCCUCGAAUCGCCAGCCCUCGUCGACGUAGCCUUCGACCAAGACCGGUCCGCACUCGACAUCGGCCUGCCGAGGCUGCGGCUCUCCUUCAGCUUGGCGUCCGGCACGAGCAACGUCGUCUCGACGCAGUACAGAGGCUAUGCCGUCAACGGGGAUCAGUCCAUCGGGACACUUUCCGGCCUGCAAAACAAGCUUGUCCUCUGCCGCUGCUGGGGCACGGCCGAGCAGUUGCGCGACCGACUGGUCCUCGUUCCCGCCGGUAGCGUGAGGUGACCACGCUCGGUCGACCCGGGUCGCGACGGGCACCGACGGGCACCGACGGGCACAUCCGCCAUCGCGCAUUUCGCGUCGACGCCAUGCUUGGCUGCCUCCGCGACGGCGGCGCGCUGGCGGGGAAGCUGUUCCUCUGCCACCUGCACGCCCUCACCACGCACUGCCUCCCCGACAAGCUCACGGGC